AUGUCAGAUAAUUCAAUUCAAGAACCAAUUGAUUCCACCAACAGUAUAUUUUCAUUCUUUAAAAAUCAUUAUAUAAUUAUUUUCCUAUGUUUGUUUAUCUUAGGUUUAUUACUUUAUCAUUUCCGUUUUAAAUUAAUUGCACUACAUGAUCGAUAUAGAACAAGAACUCGAUUUUCAAACGGUUUUUAUGAGGAUUUGAAUGAUGGUUUGUCUAGUAUCAAUUUCGAUUUGGAAUCCAAUAUUGAAAAUGAAGAUAUUAGAGAUGGUUUGAAUAUGGAAAAUAAAAAUAAAAUUAAAAAAAUUAUGAAGGAUAAAGGUUUAAAUUUUGAUGAUGCUAGAUUAGAAUUAAUAAGGAAUGAACUACAUGAGAAUGAGAUUGAUGAGGAUGGAGUACCUAAAGAUCCUAAAUUGGUGACAUUUAAGUAA